CUCUGCUCCCUUUCUCUCCCUGCAGAUGAGCAGGAGCAGCCGGCCGAGCACGGCCAGGAGGAGCGAGCGAACGGCCCGGCCUCAGAGCGGCCGGAGGAUGCACUGCCCAGGGAGCAGCAGGACGGGCAGCAGACGCCAGCUGCGGUCCCGGCAGCUCCGCUGCUUACAGGCGCUGCUGCACUGCCGUCGGCUCCUCGCCGCUUUCCUGAGAGCGCUGCGAGACCCCCGAGCUCCCAGGCUGCGGGGCUGCAGCAGGGCGGGGGGGAAGAGAGCGCACAGCAGGAGCCGCUGCAGCUCAGCCCCGGCCUCGCGGGCUGGCGGUGGGGCCCGGGGGUCUCAGGGCCGUUCUUUACCCUCACGCAGGCUGGGCAGCUGCUGGCUGAGCGGGGGCUGGUCCCAAAGAGCGUCUCGGCCGGGUGCGUGGCUGGGCGGGCAGAGCGGGGUGAAGGCGGAAGACGGGAGGGGAGCGGCGGUGCCGACCUCGCAGCCCGGGGCUCUGACAGAGAUCCGCAGCUCACCGGGGCAGAGGAGGAUGCGGGGAGCCCUGCCGUGGAGCCGCAGCUGCUGCCGGAGCUGGACGCCCACGUGGCUGGCACCGUGCGGGCCCUGCAGGACGACAUGCAGCGCGUGCUGGAGCGGCUGAGCGAGCUGGAGCUGCUCACCUGCACGAAGGACACAUCUGGGGCCGAUCCCGGAGAGCUGCUCGCUGUGCAGGCGGAGUCCCCGUGGCCGCUACCCGCGUCCCCGCACACCCUGCUGUUCCUCGUGGCCUGGCCCUUCGUCACCCAGUGGCUGCUGCGGCGCUGGCCCGGGCUGAGGCCGCGGUACCGCGCGGCCGUGGGGCGCGCCCAGGAGUGGCCCGCGAAGAAGAAGCACCGCCGUCGGCCGUCGAAGAACAAACGGCGCUGGAAGCCCUACUCGAAGCUGAGCUGGGAGGAGAAGCAGCAGUUCGACGAGCGGCAGAGCCUGCGCGCCUCGCGGCUCCGCGCGGAGAUGUUCGCCAAGGGGCAGCCCGUGGCCCCCUACAACACCACGCAGUUCCUGAUGGAGGACCACGACCAGGAGGAGCCCGACUUGAAAACCGGGCUGUACCCGCGGCGCUCCGCCGCCAAAUCGGACGAUACGAGCGAGGAGGACUUCCUGGAGGAGGCGGCCGAGGAGGACGGCGGCAGCGAUGGGAUGGGGGGGGACGGCAGCGAGUUCCUGCAGAGGGACUUCUCGGAGACCUACGAGCGGUACCACGUGGAGAGCCUGCAGAACAUGAGCAAGCAGGAGCUGGUGAAGGAGUACCUGGAGCUGGAGAAGUGCCUCUCCCGCAUGGAGGACGAGAACAACCGCCUGAGGAUGGAGAGCAAGAAGCACGGCGAGGCGGUGGAGGCGGCGCGGCUGCUGGAGCUGGAGGUGGACCGACUGCGGGCGGAGAACCUGCAGCUGCUGCGGGAGAGGGACGUGAGAGCGGCGGAGGCGACUCCGGAGUGAGCGACCCUCGGAGCGGAGCUGCGGGACGCGGCGCUCAGCCCUCCCCUUGGGGCGGUGGGAGGGUCG